AUGGCCUCAUUGUUCAUCUCUACUUCACCAUCUUUUACUCUUUCUCCCAAAACUUACACAAAAUAUCAAACAACUCACUUUUUCAAACCCUUUUCAAUCAGAGCUUCUUUAACUUCUGUUGAUCAAUCCACAAUCUCUUUAGCGAAUAAAAAUCCCUGCCCUUUUAAGGAAAAUAACUGGCAAUGGAAAUUUCAGGACAAGCUUUUAACCAUCUAUUAUGAAGAACAUGGGAAGGAAAGCCGUGAGCCAACCAAAAAUAUUUUGAUGCUGCCAAGUAUUUCUGAUGUUAGCACUGUUGAAGAAUGGAGAUCAGUAGCUGGAAACAUUGUUCAACGAGUCAGUGAAAUCAAUUGGAGGGCUACAAUUGUUGAUUGGCCUGGUUUGGGUUAUUCUGAUAGGCCGAAACUAGACUACAAUGUUGAUGUCAUGGAGAAAUUUCUGACUGACUUCAUCAAUGCUUCAGAUGGUCCAGUGAAGCACUUGGAAAAUGAUUUAGUAGUCUUUGGAGGAGGGCAUGCUGCCACAAUAACUCUCUCUGCUGCAAAGAAAGGUUUGGUGAAGCUAGCAGCCAUUGCUGCUGUUGCACCCACCUGGGCUGGUCCUCUUCCUAUUGUGUUUGGUCGAGAUUCCAGCAUGGAAAUGAGGUAUGGGCUGCUAAGGGACACCUUAAGGACCCCAGGUGUGGGUUGGAUGAUGUAUAACAUGCUCGUAAGCAACGAGAAGGCAAUUGCGUCCCAGUACAAAUCCCAUGUCUACGCAAAUCCUGACAAUGUGACUCCUGAUGUUGUUGACAGUAGAAUUGCACUGACAAAACAAAAGGGAGCUCGUUGCGCCCCUGCUUCUUUCUUGACAGGUCUCCUUGACCCAGUUAAAUCCCAGGAGGAAUUCCUUGAGCUUUUUGCAGAUUUGGAUGGGAAAGUACCAGUUCUUGUUGUGUCAUCCAAAAGUUCUCCGAAGAGGUCAAAAGCAGUAAUGCAAGCACUCAGAGAAGCCAAAGGGGUCAGUAAAUUUGUUGAGGUUCCUGGUGCUCUUUUGCCACAUGAAGAGUAUCCCACUAUAAUUGCAGAAGAGCUUUACCAAUUUUUGCAAGAAAAUUUUGAAUUUAAUGUUUGA